GGUUCACAUUGCUAUACGUAUGUGUAAUGUUACUCAGUUCCAAAACUCUUCUCUCUUUAUUUUUCUUGUCUGGCUGUGUCAUCCUUUUACACCUCUUUCCUUGAACUGUUCCCCUUUAUAAAUUAUCUUUUGAACUCAAAUUACAAUAUUUGAGCUUGAUUGGGGACAUGGGGAUUUUACAUUAUGUAGAGAACAAAAUGCAUGAAAGUAAAGAAUACUUUAUGCAGCCUCUGCAAAUUCUGUAUGCUUUUUUUUCUCAUCUUGGUUCCAAAAAUAGAUAUACAAUCCGAGAGGUGGAACCAGGGCCACCUCAUGAGGCUCUAUUUUUUGUCCUGGCUUACCUCGAUGUAUUUGACCUUCUUGUCAUGAGUGAAGUUUGCAUGCCACUCAGAGAUGCAGUGAGCAAAGAUGUAUUACCGUGGCGGGAUAUCAUCAUUGAAAGGCCUUUGAACUCGAGAUUGUCUGAUGAGAUUCUGGUGCAAAUCACUUCGAAGGCACAUGGCAGACUCAGAACUUUGGCUCUCAUAAACUGUUUCAAGAUCACAGAUGAUGGCCUUCAAACUGUCAUUGAGAAAAAUCAUUUAAUCAGUAAGCUCCACGUACCCGGAUGCUCUGGCUUAACCCCUGAGGGAAUCAUAAGAACUGUGAAGACACUAUCCCAACAUCACAACAGCUUAGAGAGUUUACAGAUAAACGGUAUCCACAACCUAAAGAAAGAACACCUGGAAACAAUUUCUUCUCAUCUUCAAAUGAACCCACCGCAUCAAAAGCCACAGCCUAUCCUGUAUCAUCACCAUAGCAGUUCCUUAACAUCAAGAAACGAAGAAAGUAGCCGCAUGAUUGAUGUGGACAUCUGUCCAAAGUGCAAUGAAGUAAGAACAGUUUUCGACUGCCCGAGGGCGACCAGCAAGAGUGGGAGAGAGCACUCAUUCACCCAUUGUAGAGGAUGCUACUUUUGCAUUAGUAGGUGUGAAGAGUGCGGACAAUGUGUGGAUGAUGAAGAACUGGAAGAGACUCUUUGUUUUGGUAUUUUGUGUACAGAUUGCUGGCUUCUUCUUCCAAAAUGUUGUUUUUGCAACCAGGCAUACUGUAAGCAACAUGAGAAUCAGCGGUGCAGUCUUCCAGACAGUACUGGGUUUCUAUGUGACCUUUGUAACGAGAAACUCGAAACUUAUGGGGAAUUAGAGUAGUGAUAUUCAGUAAUAUGUUGAGACAGAGAAAUCUUCAAACUUAUGGCAGCUUUCUCUACAUUAGAUUUCA